CAGGUAGUAUUUUGUUUAAAUUUAGUUAAGACGUGGCAAAAUGUGAUUGGUGCUAAUGACGGGUAAACCGUCAUUUACAUAAGGUUAGUAGUGCUACUGUUAUAAACGCACGCCAAGAAAACAGAAGAAACAGGAGAGACGGCAAGCACCACAGAUUCGGGUCUCCGGAUACAAAAUCCCCUUUAGAUCACAGCCUAACCCUAGAAACUCAAAAUCCCCCUUUAGAUCUCGAGCUUACUCUCUUGAUUAAUCAGCAGUCGAAUCAAAAUGGGCACAUCGGCGUGUGUAAAGGAAGUGGAUAGAUCGGCAUUGGUGGCGUUUGCCCCCGAUGCGCCCUUCCUUGCCGCCGGAACUAUGGCUGGAGCCGUAGACAUGUCGUUCAGUUCGUCUGCAAAUCUUGAAAUCCUUAACCUUGAUUUCCGAUCUGAUGAUCGUGACCUUCCGGUAUCAGGUGCUGUACCUAGUUCAGAACCGUUUAAUCGGCUGUCUUGGGGGAAAUCACCGUCGUCGGGAUCAGAAGAAUUCUCACUCGGUCUCAUUGCCGGUGGACUUGUAGAUGGCAACAUCGGUGUCUGGAACCCUCGCUUACUCAUGAGUCCGGAGGAAAGGGAAAAUGCUCUUGUUCAACAACUAUCAAGACACAAAGGGCCUGUUCGUGGUCUGGAGUUUAGUUCCCUUUCACCAAACCAUCUUGCAUCUGGCGCUGAAGAAGGUGAAAUUUGUAUAUGGGAUUUUGCUAAACCAACAGAGCCUACACAUUUUCCUCCCCUUAAGGGCAGUGAAUCUUCAACACAUGGAGAAAUAGCAUAUUUGUCAUGGAAUAAGAAGGUCCAGCCUAUCUUGGCAUCAACUUCUUUUUAUGGAACAACUGUGGUCUGGGACCUCAGGAAGCAAAAGCCAAUUAUAAGCUUCUCAGAUUCAGUUAGAAGAAGAUGUUCAGUUUUGCAAUGGCAUCCUGAUUUUGCCACUCAACUUAUUGUUGCUUCAGAGGAUGAUAAUUCACCUUCACUAAGGUUAUGGGAUAUGAGGAACACAAUGUCACCAUUGCGAGAGUUAGUAGGUCAUACUAAAGGUGUUGUUGCAAUGGAAUGGUGUCCCCAUGAUAGUUCAUAUCUGCUUACAUGUGCCAAAGAUAAUCGCACUAUUUGUUGGAACACUAAUUCUGCUGAGAUUGUGUCUGAACUUCCAGCUGGAACCAAUUGGAAUUUUGAUGUGCACUGGUAUCCAAAGUUACCAGGGGUCAUAUCAGCAUCUUCUUUUGAUGGGAAAAUUGGUAUUUAUAACAUUGAGGCUUGUGCUCGAUAUGGUGUUGGUGAGGGUCAUUAUGGCUCAGCACCUUUAAAGGCUCCAAAAUGGUACCAACGCAAAGCUGGAGUGUCUUUUGGUUUUGGUGGGAAACUUGUUUCUUUUCACACAACUGGUUCUUCAUCUGGAGCUUCAGAGGUUGAUGUGCAUGAGUUGGUUACUGAACAUAGUUUAGUUAGCACCUCAUCUGAAUUCGAAGCUGCAAUGAGUAGUGGAGAGAGGCCUUUAUUGAGGCAACUGUGUGACAAAAAAUCUCAAGAAUCUGAAUCUGAAGAUGACAAAGAAACAUGGGGAUUCUUGAAGGUUAUGUUUGAAGAAGAUGGAACUGCACGUACAAAACUAUUAAACCAUCUUGGUUUCACUCUACCUUCAGAAACACAAAACAAUGAAUUACAAAACAACCCCUCUGAGUCUGAGGAUAUAACAACUUCCCACAUUGAUGAACCUAAAGAAGGAGGAGUAACAGAAUCCAACCUCACACUGAAAUUACCAAAUGACCCCUCUGACAACGGGGAAGAUUUCUUCAACAAUUUCCCAACUCCUAGAGCUGAGACCCCUUCAUCAACUUCUCAUAACACUUUUGUCACUGAAGAAUCUGGUCCAGUUGUUGAAGAAGAAGAGCCAACAAGAGAAAGUGAUUCACAAGAUGCUUUGUUUGAUGAUGGUGUUCAACGGGCAUUGGUUGUUGGGGAUUACAAGGGAGCUGUUGAACAGUGUAUAGCUGCAAAUAAGAUGGCAGAUGCUUUAGUUAUUGCUCAAGUUGGUGGUGCUUCCCUGUGGGAGACCACACGUGAUCAGUACCUUAAAAAGAAUACUUCUCCAUACUUAAAGGUUGUUGCUGCAAUGGUAAAUAAUGACCUUGUUAGUCUAGUAAAUAUCAGGCCCCUCAGAUCUUGGAAAGAAACUCUUGCUCUCCUCUGCACUUUUGCACAAGGAGAUGAAUGGACUUCACUCUGUGAUACUCUUGCUUCUAGACUCCUAAAUGCUGGAAACACUUUAGCCGCAACUCUUUGCUACAUAUGCUCUGGAAAUAUCGAUAAAACUGUAGAAAUCUGGUCAAAGAAGGUUUCAACUGAGCAUGAGGGAAAAUCCUAUGUUGAUCUUCUUCAGGAUUUAAUGGAGAAAACUGUAGUCCUUGCUUUAGCAACUGGACAAAAGAGAUUCAGUGCUCCUUUAUGUAAACUUGUUGAGAAGUAUGCUGAGAUUUUAGCAAGUCAAGGACUUUUAUCAACAGCUAUGGAGUAUUUGAAACUAAUGGGAACUGAAGAUUUGUCUCCUGAACUUGUAAUCUUACGUGAUCGGAUUGCCUUCUCAUCUCAACCAGAGAUAAAUGGAAACGCAUCUACAGAUUAUGCAUAUUCUCAAACACAUACAGGAAACGUAUACUCUGCUAACCAACAAACAAAUCCUGUUGUGGAGCCUGUUCAAAAUUAUUAUCAGGAAAACUAUCAACAACCACCUGGGCCUUCUUACAGCAACCAAUAUGAACAGCCACAACGUAACAUGUUUGUUCCAUCUCCUGCAGCUCCCACUCCACAGAUGGGAUUCAAUCAAGCUCCACCUGCAAAUCAACCGGCUGCAAGACCCUUUGUUCCCAUGACACCUCCAAUGAUGAGAAAUGCUGACCAAUAUCAGCAAGCUCCCACAUUGGGUUCUCAGUUAUAUCCUCAAUCUCAGUUGAAUGCAAAUUCCAAUUAUCAAGCGGGCCCACCGGGGCCUGGUUCCUUUGCCCCGGUCCCAUCUCCAAUGGUCCCCACCACCGGGCCAAAGGUACUCCAUGACGUGGGACCCACACCUCCUGUAAGAGGAUUCAUGCCUAUUAAUAACAAUACAGGAAUGCAAAGAACAGGAUCCGGUCAAAUGCAACCCAACAGUGGCCCCGAGUCUGCUGCACCACCUCCUGCCACCCCUCCUCCGACAGUACAGACUGCUGACGUGUCAAAUGUUCCUGCCCAACAGAAGCCGGUUAUUGGGACAUUGACUAGACUGUUCAACGAGACAUCAGAGGCUUUAGGAGGUUCACGUGCAGUUCCAGCUAAGAAACGAGAGAUUGAUGACAACUCAAAGAAACUCGGUGCUUUGUUUGUGAAAUUAAACAAUUCUGAUAUUUCCAAAAAUGCUGCUGAAAAACUUGUUCAGUUAUGUCAAGCAUUAAAUCAUGGCGACUUCACUACAGCCCUCAAAAUCCAGGUGGAUCUUACCACCAGUGAAUGGGACGAGUGUAGCUUCUGGUUAGCAACACUGAAACGAAUGAUCAGGAUUAGACAAAGUAUGGGAUAAGCAUAAGGCAUAGUUCGUUUCAGGGUGUGGAUGUGUGGUGGUGUUUUUUUUUUUUUUUUUUUGU